CGAGUCGGAGACCAGGGGCGGGCGUUGGCCGCCAGUGGACGUAGGCUGGUGGUCGGAGCAGACCUGAGUGCUGUCUUGGAUUAGUGCUGAGUCUGGAGGCCAGGGUCUUGGUGCUCCAGAGCGCGUCUCCAGCCUCCGCGCGCAGCGCUUCGAGGGGUCCGCAGACAGCAGCGGCCAGGAUGGCUUCUUGUCCCCUAGUCCGAGGGUUCCCCUAAAGUGUCUCAUCCCCGCGGGCCAAGGCAGCUCCCUCCGGUUGGAGAUUCGAGGACUGGAGCCUGCAGGGGCGGCCCGGACCGGGCCAGGUCUGGAGCUCCGUGGGGGCCAGCACGUUCGCGUCGCCCCAUGUGCAGACAGAGGCCACCGCCACCUCGGGACACCAUGAUAGUCAAGCAAAUUGAAGCCAAAGAAGCAUGUGACUGGCUGCGGGCAGCCGGCUUCCCUCAGUAUGCCCAGCUGUAUGAAGACCUCCUGUUUCCCAUUGACAUCACGCUUGUGAAGAGAGAGCAUGAUUUCUUAGACCGAGACUCCAUCGAGGCAUUGUACCGGCGCCUGAAUACAUUAAAUAAGUGUGCAGUAAUGAAGCUGGAGAUCUGCCCCCACAGGAAGCGGAGCGAGGACUCGGAUGAGGAUGAGCCGUGCGCCAUCAGCGGCAAGUGGACUUUCCAAAGGGACAGCAAGCGAUGGUCCAGAAUGGACGAGUUUGACGUGUUCUCCCCGCUGCCCGGCCUGGCUGCCAGGGCACCGGGGAGCCAGGUCCUUGCCAGCGCCAGCCGAGAGAGCCUGCUGACCGACCUGAGCGAGGGCCAGGAGCUGGUCUCCGUGCGGAGCCUCAGCAGCGCCAGCAGCCUCCCGACCGAGCCGAGCACGCCCCGGGCAGACUCCGUGGCGAGCUUCUGCUCCUCGGGCCUCCAGGAGUUUGGCCCCCUGCCUUCCCCCACCGAGCUGCCCGGCACCAAAGCCCACGGGCAGCCCACCAAGGCCAAGCCAAGGGGCCUGCUCAAGAGGAUGGAGAGCCUGAAGCUGCGGCGCUCUCACGCCGGCCGGCCCAAGGGCGGCCCUGCCAAGCUGGGCCUGGUCAUCAGCGGCCCCGUCCUGCAGGAGGGCCAGGAGAAGCUCAAGCACCUGCCCUGCGUGGAGAUCUCCAGCCUGGCCGGCGUCCGCAAGAGGAGCAUCUCCAACUCCACGCAGACCAGCAGCAGCAGCAGCAGCCAGUCGGAGAGCGGCAGCGCCGUCAGCACGCCCAGCCCCGUGACGCGGACGCGCAGCCUCAGCACCUGCCACAAGAGAGCUGGCAUGUACCUGGAGGGCUUUGACCCCUUCGACCAGGCCGCCUUCGACAGCGUGCUGGAGCAGAACCUGCGCAACCGCGAGAGCCGCGGGGAUGACGCCGUGUUCUACAUCCCUGAGGACCACAAGCCGGGCACCUUCCCUAAGGCCCUCUCCAACGGCCGCUUCCCCGCCCCUGGGAAGGAGAGCGUGGCCCCCGGCUGGAGGGCGGGGAGCUUCCAUGGCCGUGAAGGGGCCAAGGGGCUGCGGAGGCGCAACUCCUCCUGCUCCGUGAGCAGCCGCCUCAGCGUCUACGACAACGUGCCCGGCUCCGGACUCUACUCCAGCUCCGGGGACCUCGCCGACCUCGGGCAGGAAGACAUCUUCCCCGAGCUCGAUGACAUCUUGUACCACGUGAAGGGGAUGCAGAGGAUGGUCAACCAGUGGUCCGAAAAGUUCUCCGACGAGGGGGACUCGGACUCGGCGCUGGACUCAGUUUCCCCCUGCCCGUCUUCUCCAAAGCAGAUCCACCUCGAGGCCGAAAACGACCGCACCUCGCCCAGCGACCUGGACAGCGUGGGGAACUCUCUGAAUGAGACCGAGGAGCCUGCCGACAUCCAGGAAAGGAGGGACUCUGGUGUGGGCGCCUCCCUGACGCGCUCCAACAGGCCCAGACUGAGCUGGCAGAGCUCCCGGCGGCUCAGCGCGGGCUCAGCUGCGCCCCAGAUCAGCUGCCAGUCCGUGGCUCAGAUGAACCUGCUGCAGAAGUAUUCGCUCCUCAAGCUGACGGCCCUGCUGGAGAGGUACACGCCAUCCAACAAGCACGGCUUUAGCUGGGCAGUGCCCAAGUUCAUGAAAAGGCUGAAGGUCCCAGACUACAAGGACCGGAAUGUGUUUGGCGUCCCACUCUCUGUCAACGUGCAAAGAACGGGGCAGCCCCUUCCCCAGAGCAUCCAGCAGGCUAUGGGCUACCUGCAUAGCCAGUGCUUGGAUCAGGUUGGGCUCUUCAGAAAGUCGGGCGUCAAGUCCAGAAUCCAGGCCUUGCGCCAGAUGAACGAGGGCUCCAUGGCGCACGUGAGCUACGAUGGGCAGUCUGCGUACGAUGUGGCAGACAUGCUGAAGCAAUACUUCCGAGACCUCCCAGAGCCGCUGAUGACCAACAAACUCUCGGAGACCUUCUUACAGAUCUACCAGUAUGUGCCCAAGGACCAGCGUCUCCAGGCCAUCCAGGCGGCCAUCAUGCUUCUCCCUGAUGAGAACAGGGAGGUCCUUCAAACCCUGCUCUAUUUCCUGAGCGAGGUCACCGCUGCCGUGAAGGAAAACCAGAUGACACCCACCAACCUCGCCGUGUGCUUGGCACCUUCCCUUUUCCACCUCAACACCCUUAAAAGGGAAAAUUCUUCUCCAAGGGUGAUGCAGAGAAAGCAGAGUCUGGGCAAACCCGACCAGAAGGACCUCAACGAAAACCUGGCAGCGACGCAAGGCCUGGCGCACAUGAUCGCAGAAUGCCACAAGCUCUUCCAGGUCCCCGAGGAAAUGAGCCGGUGUCGGAACUCCUACUCAGAGCAGGAGCUGCGGCCCCUCAGCCUGGAGGCCUUGGGCCACCUGAGUGGCCAGGCCUCCAACGACUAUCGCCACUUCCUCCAAGACUGCAUGGACAGCCUGUUUAAGGAGGUCAAGGACAAGUUCAAAGGCUGGGUCAGCCAUCCCACCUCGGAGCAGGCGGAGCUGGCUUAUAAGAAGGUGAGUGAAGGACCCCCACUCCGAUUGUGGAAGUCGACAAUCGAAGUCCCUGCCAAACCUGAAGACGUUUUAAACCGACUCCUGAAGGAGCAACAUAUCUGGGAUCCGGAUCUCUUGGAUGCCAAAGUGAUUGAAGUCUUGGAUAGCCAGACAGAAAUCUACCAGUUUGUCCGGAGUAGUAUGGUACCCCAUCCUGCCAGGGACCACGUGGUGCUGAGAACAUGGAGGACCAAUUUGCCCAGGGGGGCCUGCAUGCUCUUGCUCACCUCUGUGGAUCAUGCCCAGGCCCCUGUGAUUGGGGUACGGGUAAACGUGCUGUUGGCCCGAUACCUGGUUGAACCCUGUGGGUCCGGGAGAUCCAAGCUCACCUACUUGUGCCGGAGUGACCUGAGGGGCCACAUACCAGAAUGGUACACAAAGGCAUUUGGACAUUUGUGUGUAGCUGAAGUAGUGAAGAUCCGAGACUCUUUCAGUCGUCCAAGCACGGAUCCCAAAGAUGGGAAAUCCAGGUGACGACAGACCUACAGGCCAAGACUCUGCAUCUGGCCCGGGACCGCCGAGAAUUUUGUUUAGAAAUAAAUGGGCCGAUCCUGGGAUGGAUUAAACCAGAAACCAGGAACCAGUCUGGGCCAUGAUCUACAAUGGCUGUAGCACAAGAGCUGAUAUUGACUGGAACACAUGGCCCUGUGGAAAAACAGAAGUUGUGCUAGGUGGAGAUUGCUUCUGCGAAGCAGGACUCGGAAAGGGAAUAAAAUGAAGAGAAACUGUUCUCCUGGGAUAUUACCCUUGACUGGACCCAGGCAAGCAGGACAGGAGAGCCGCCGUAGGAGGGACUGUUGUUGUUUGUUUUGGGAAUGGGGGUGUCUCUGACACCAGCAAUGAAAAGUGAGUUUCCAUAAGAUGUGUGUGUGGGUGAAUGUCCAUGACUGAAUGCAGAGCAGAUCCAGGGAAUGGGCUCUGCUAGGUUGGCAGGCCACCAAAAUUGCUGAGACAUUUCAAAUUGUAUUACUCCAGGGAGGAAUGUGGGAUAACCUUCAUGCCUAAGGGGGACCCGUGAAUUUCUCCAGUGAAUCCUUUUCCUUUUUAUUUAGGAGAGCCAGUAUGGGAGAUGCCAUCCUGAAAGGACCCCCUUCCAUCCAUGUCUAUUAGAUGACGAUCCCAAUUCUGUACUGUAGUGAAUUCAUUCUUACAUAGGUAAUCCCACACUCAAGGUCCUCUCUCUCUCUCUCCCGGUUGGCUUUAAAUCACAAAAAUCAGAAUCCAGCAAUAAAAAGCAUUGUAGGUUUUUUUGUUGUUGUUGUUUUAUAAAGAGCACAGGUUAGGAUAAAGAUGAAGACUAUUAAUGCCAAAGCUAAAAUCAGAAGGAGAGCCAUACUUUCUGAUGUACCCCCAUUUUCGGUUCUUUCAUCUCUUGGGUUUCCAGAAAGUUUAGGCCGUAUUCCAAAGGGCUCUGUUGGCCAAGAGCUCUUCCUCCAGGGGCCUGUGUCAUGGCAGGAUCGUCAUGGGACAUUCACCUGUGAGUGAACAUGUCAGGAAAGGUUGUACCUGGCUGAUUGCGUGCCUCAGUUACCGUUGUCAGUGUUAACUUCUUGAUGAAGAAACUUCAUGUUGUGUGUGUGGAUGUGUGUGAGUGAGGGGGAGAGCGGAUCGGAUUCAGCCACGAAGUGCCGUCAGGGCUCCGGACCACGUGCUCCUUGUGAAUUCCUAGAUCUUGUAGAUUCCGUCUAAAAUCUCUUACGUGGAAGAUUGUAUGUUGAACAUACCGUCCCAUUGAGUAACACAAGUAACGCAUGAUACAGAGUAUUAUUUAAAAUAGACUUGUAUUUAUACAUCAGUCUUUGGGUUUUAUACCUCAGCUCAACAUGUUUGUGUUUUUUUUUUUCCUUUAUUGUAAAUAAAGCUUUUCAUGAUUACCAUGGAAGUGACUGAACAAAGAAAAGGUUUAUAACUUGCUAUGAAUGACUGUACAGAAUAUAAUCAACAAUUGCACUAUUAAAUGUUUAACAUGA